AUCAGAAGAAGAAAAAACAAAAAAAGACGAUUUAGUCCUCUUCCCUGCUCUGUUUUACAGCCAUGGAAUGCAAGCUCUUGAUCAGUGUCCUUCUCUUCUGUUCAUGGGCUCUGUUGGGUAUGUCCCAAGGAGAUGGAGGGUCAGGAUCUGGAUCUGGAUCUGACCUACCCUGUGUGAAGGAUCUGCUCCCAUGCAAGGAUUACCUGCGACCGUCAACGAGGCCGCCUCCGUUGUGCUGUAUUCCAUUGAAAAAGAUGAUUGAUACAGAGAAGCAAUGCUUGUGUGCUAUCUUAAACAAUCCCGAGCUCUUGCGUAGCUUUAAUGUAACAAGAGAUCAAGCAAAGCAGCUGCCCAAGGAGUGCGGCGACACGACCGAUACCAGCAUCUGCGACACCGCUGCCAAUGGCACUGCAACACCACCAACCACACCAUCAGCUCCUUCAGGGCCUUCUAAUGGAAGCAGUACUCCAACUGCAAGUGGGUUACCUUCUGUGGACGGAUCUAGUGUCAUUGCUUUCAUUGCAGUUGGAUGGUUAUCUUUAUUUGUUUUAGUACUCAAGGUCUAGUUUUUCAAAUUUCUUCCUCUAGAACUAAAUCUUAUUCAUGAACUUUGCCUGAUAAAUGGUUGUCCAUUGCAAAUUUAGAAGUUGAAUUUUAACCAUUUAAUCUCUCUCUCUCUCUCU